AUGCUAACUUUCUCCGAUCAGCCAACAAAUUUUUUUAACUCCCCCCCAUCCUUGAUCGAACGACUCGCCAUCGUUCGAUCAAGAAUGGGAGUUAAAAAUUUUUUUUUUUAUAUAUGUUUUAAAUAAGAGGGUUAAGAGUAUUUAAUAAUUUUUUACAGCAAAAAAUUGAAUUAAUUUCAUAAAAAUACCAAUUUUUAAUAUUUUGAUUUCUUGCUACCCCUUUAAACUUUAUAAAUCUUUAAUUUGUUUUUUAUUAAUUUUUGAUUUUUUUUAUAAUUUUAAAGAAUCUCUAUUUUUUAGAUAAUUGAGUUUUUAGCCCAGGUUGAUGACUAAAGCACUUCGGAUGGUUGAUUCUGUAGCUUUCUGUCGUCUCAAAGCCUCUGAAAACAACUUCAUUAGGCACAUCUUCCCAAGCUUUUGAUAACUAAUAUAUUUUUAUAUAUAUAAAAAUUGUCAUGAUAUGAAAAUCGUUCGAUCAAGGAGGGGGUUAAUUUCCCCAAUUUUUAGGAAUUUUUACAGUCAAUAGUUCGAUCAAGGAAGGGGGGGAGUAAGGGUUAGUUAAAAUAUUUGUUUUUAUUUUUUCUAUAUAAAAAAAAGUUACUUGCUCGUUGAUGUUAGCUAUUUUCCACAAAUUAAUAUUUUUCCAACGAGCUCACUAAGGUGAGAAGUAAGGGCUUUCUCGAAUUUUGCUUUAGGCACAUUUUCUAAGCCUUUACUCAAGUCUGUACCGUAUAGAAAUAUUAAUACUAUAGCUCUCUGCAGAUAUUUCAGCAAGCAAACUAUCAAAGUUCCAUCAAUGGGUGAGUCAAUUACUGAAGGUGCUGUUCAAUCUUGGGUCAAAAAAGUUGGAGAUUAUGUGAAUAUGGACGAAAUUGUAGUCGUUAUUGAAAGCGAUAAGCUAAGUCAAGAGAUCAGAUCUCCUGUAGCUGGAGAAAUUGUCGAGCAGCUUGCAAAAGAAGGAGAUGACAUCCCUGUUGGGGCUGAUUUAUUUAUUGUUGAUACAGACAAGGUUAAAUCAGAAAGCGCAGCAAAAGCUGAAAAACCUAAAGAGCAAGCAAAAGAACAACCUAAAGAGCAGCCAAAAGAACAGCCAAAGGUAGUUGCUAAAGAGGAAGCCAAACCUCCAACAAAAGAGCAGCCUAAAACUGAGAAAAAACCAGAAGCCCCAGUAGUGACGAAGCCUAAAGUUGAAGCUCCAAAGGUUACAGGAGAAAGGACUGAAACGAGAGAAAGGAUGAGCAAAAUGAGAAAAAAAAUCGCAGAAAGGCUAAAAGGCGCUCAAAACACCUAUGCUUUGCUUACUCCCCCCUCCGUGAGUGAACAAAACCAUUAGAAAAAUCUCUAUUUUUUGCCCAAAAACCCACCCUCCAUAAAUGAACAAAAAAUUUAUGGAAAAAAAAUUUGAUAUAUAAGUGAUAAUUAGCAUAAUGAAAUCUCGAGCUAAUUCUGUUUAAUUUAAACAAACUGCGUUUUUUAAAACAUAAAUUUUACAAAGUAAAUUAAUAUUUGCUUUCCCAAUUUUUAUAGAAGUGAGAUUUUUAAAAUUUCGAAAAAAAAAAUUAAACCCCUCUCCGGAGUGAACAAAAUUUUUUUAUUCACUCACGGAGGGGGGAGUUAGCACUUUUCAAGAAUGUGAUAUGAGCAGAGCAAUGGAGCUCAGAAACAUCUAUAAAGACGAUUUCCUCAAGAAGCACGGCGUCAAGCUUGGAUUCAUGUCUUUCUUUGUUAAGGCAGCUACACAUGCUUUACUUCAUAGCCCAGUCGCAAACGCAGUAAUUGAUGGAGACGAAAUCGUGUAUAAAAACUAUGUCGAUAUUUCUGUCGCUGUUUCCACCCCUAAUGGACUUGUUGUGCCAGUCCUGAGAAAUUGUGAGCAGAAGUCUUUCGCUGACAUCGAAAAAGAAAUUGCGAGAUUUGCAAAUCUUGCAAGAGAUAAUAAGCUAGCUUUAGAAGAUAUGCAAGGAGGAAGCUUUACGAUUUCCAACGGUGGAAUCUAUGGAUCGAUGCUUGGAACUCCAAUUAUCAACCCACCUCAGACAUCAAUUUUGGGCAUGCAUAGCAUUGAAAACAGAGCAGUCGUGAAGGGAGACCAAAUUGUGGCAAGACCAAUAAUGUAUUUACUCCCCCCCCUUCGAAGUUCGACCAAGAAUUUUUGGUCGAUCUUCGAGCGGGGUUAAGAAAAAAUUUUUUUAAAAAAAAUUAUAUAGAAUUUGUUUUUUAUAUAAUUUAGUAGUUAAAAAAAAAAAAAUUUACCAUAUUCUUCUGUAUGGUUGAGAGGGUGUAAGGGUUAGAAAAAAUAGUGCAAGAUGGUUUUGUAACGCUUUUUUAGAACUUGAAUACAAAAAUCGCAAGCUUACCCCCACAUAGUUUAAAAUUUUUGAAAAAUUGCUUAUUUUCCUAGUAAAUUUAUAUAGGUCUUGGUCGAACUUUGAGGGGGGUUAAUUUCCAAAAAAAUAGGCAUUUUCCCUAUAUCUUGAACUUCGAGGGGGGGAGUUAGCGCUGACUUAUGAUCAUAGAUUACUAGACGGAAAAGAUGCUGUUCUCUUUUUAAGAAGCAUUAAGAUGGCUGUUGAGGAGCCUACAAGAAUUCUUUUAGAUCUUUAA